UUCACAACUCUGGUUAUUUUGUUUUCGCAACUGAACGGAUUUUAUUCACUUUGCGGCAUUAAAACAAUCAACAACAAAUCAUUUCUAUUUCGCGUGUUUCUGAAAAAAGUACGACUAAUUGUUGUCACCUCUCUGUUUUUCUUUUGACUGUGUGCUGGGAAAAGUUUCCUAAACAUUUCGCGUUAACGCCAAAAUAUUUUAACUUAUGUGUGAAUAAUGAACAUCAAAAACUUAAAAUUCCAUAGCAAAAUGUUUUGACAAAUCCAAAAAAAAAAAAAAAACACAAGGAGAAUUUAAAUUGACCAAAACAAUUUCUGUAGAAAUUUAAAACGAAGUGUGAACAUAACUGAAAUAAAUAUAAAAACAAAACUAACAAACAAACAAAACAUGUCCAAAAUCGUCAAAUUAUUUAAAAACAAUAAAAAAGACAAACCGCCAAAGGCGGAGAUCAUCACGGAGCAAAAAGAACCCGAGCCAAUACCAACGACGAAAUGUGGCAAGCCAUUAGUGUUGGAUAAUACACGAUGGGAGAAACGUCUACAAAAGGAACUCAUGUCCCUUAUCAAAGAGCCCCCACCAGGCGUCUCUGUCGAUGAGGACAGUGUGACUAGAAAUUUAUCACAAUGGAAAAUCAACAUAACCGGCUUUGAGGGUACUCUCUAUGAAGGUGAAAAUUUCCAACUGCUGUUCAAAUUCAAUCAUAAAUAUCCAUUCGAUUCACCGGAAGUAACCUUCAUUGGCAAUAAUAUACCCGUGCAUCCGCAUGUCUAUUCAAAUGGUCAUAUCUGCCUAUCAAUACUCACAGAAGACUGGUCACCGGCAUUGUCCGUGCAAUCGGUAUGCCUAAGCAUAGCAUCGAUGCUAAGCAGUUGUCGUGAAAAGAAACGCCCGCCAGACAACACUCUGUAUGUGAACACAUGCAACAAGAAUCCUAAAAAGACUAAAUGGUGGUAUCACGAUGAUUCCGUUUAGUUAGAUGUUAAACUGAAGCCCCACACACUCGCCUGGGCUUUGCUGUGUUAUCCAUACAAGGUGCUGGAACAGGAAUUACAACAAGAAAUCAAUGAUAUCAUCACUGUAAAAUCUAAAUUGUCUGUGCAACAAAUUCGCCGGCGUCUGAAAAGGUUACUCCUGAAACGUUUCAAACGAACGUUUGUGAAAUUGUUCAAAACAUGUUUACAUCUUAAAUAUUUAUAAGGACAGAGUUAUGGUUCGUUCUAAUACAAACCAAACCAAACCAUAACGCACCCUUUUCUGCCUCAAUUCAUUUCCCCUAUCCCCCCCGGCUGUAUUUUGUGUGAACAAGUAAUUUUGCAAUUAUGAUUAUAAAUUAACAUUGAAUUAAGAAAUAUAUAUAUAAAUUCGGUGAUCUCUCCAGUUUAGCUUUUGAUUGAAAGUUCUGCAAGCGUUUGGAGUUGUCGUCUGUAAGGCACCAUUUUCGUUUUUCUUAUUAUCUAGCAUCGUGUUAAUGUUGUGAUAUAGUUGUGUGAUGAUUUCUGGUUUCUUUUAACAUUUCGAUCUAAAGCAAACUGCCGAACACCCCAGUAUUCAAGAGAAAAAUGAAAAAGAACAGACAUAUUAAAUAUAAUACCACAUUUCUAAACCCCUUAUGAUUGUAUUGAUUAAGUUAUUAUUAACAACAAAAAAAAAAAAAAAACAAAAUAAAAAAAGAAGAAACUGUAAUUCUAAACGCUAUUAUAAUAUAUUUUUAUUGUAAUAAUAAGAUUAAUUAAUUAAUGAUAAUAAAAUCUAAUUUAUAUUUAUCCCAUAUUAAAGGUAAUUUACAAAAAUUUAAAUUGUAUUUUUAAAAUUCCAUGAUUUUGCGGCCUAACAGAUAAAGUAUUAAAAAAGCAUCAAAAAUAAUGCAAUACGAAAAUAAUUAAAAAACAGUUUUUAUUCCUAAAUCCGCUUACAUUUCUUCCGAUCACCCAAAAUGCUGGCACAUUCCAAAUUUUGUAAAUCAAAUAAUGUAAAUAUGCUAACGAAUAACCCAAAAUUAUGGAAUAUUAUUUUCGUUUUAUAAUAAAGCUGAAAUAUAUACGUAUAUCUUUAAAGAAACAAAAAUAUGAAAACAAAACAUAUGUACCUUUUUACUAUAUAAUCCCGCAAAAACGUUUCAUCUUAUUCUGUUUUGAUUUAUAUUUAAUUUUUGCCUAUUUUCAUAAUCAUUUUUUGGCUUAUUAUGUUUUUGUUAGAUACAAUUACAUGCUGCAUAUACAUACAUAUAUACAUAUUAUAGAUUCCUUAUUAAUUUAUAUAGUAUCAAACAUAUGAUGACUUAUAACUAUUAAGUGAAAGAAAAUAAAAAACCAACAACAGUAAUAACAUAAAUAAUGGAAAUAA